CCAAACAUACAACCCCAGGUCCUCCAUGUAGGGUUUUUCCGGGGUUUCUGAUUCAUCUCCACUCUCCAAAACCCUAGACAGAAAAGCAGAGAGAGAGAGAAUCAACCAUGCCUUCGACACCUCGCCGCGCCGCCUCCUCGCUCUCAUCCUCCUCCUCACUCUCCGCCGAGAAGCUGAGCCUCCCGUCCCUCCAAUCCAAGAUGAAAUCCGACCCGGAAGGCUACGAAUCCGAGCUCUCCCUCAUCUACAACCAAUUCAACUCAUCCCUCGAUCUCUUUCAGCAGCAGGCGGCGUUGAACUUCACCUCCAUCAGCGGCAUCGCCGCCGACCCCGCCGUCGCCAAGGACCUCGGCGACCGCGUCACGUUCCUGGCACACGUCACCCCGUUUUACCCCAAACAAUUGGCCGGUUUCCCCACUCAGCUGGCGGAUUUCCUCCGGUCGGCGGCACGGACGCUGCCGUCGGGGUUGCGGUGCCACGUGGCGCAGGCUCUGAUUCUUCUUAUCAAUCGGAAGAUAGUUGAUAUUGGGGAGACCCUUGCGCUGUUCAUGGAGCUUCAGACAUUAGGUGACAGAGUAUUGAGAAAACUGGCGUUCUCCCAUGUUAUUCAUAGUAUUAGGCGCAUGAAUCAGAAGCAUAAGAAUGACGCUAACAAUCGGGCUCUUCAGAAUAUCUUGUUUGUAAUGUUACAGCAAGAAGAUGAAGCAAAAGCGAAACAAUCACUUAUUACUCUGUGUGAUCUUCAUAGAAGGAAGGUGUGGUUUGAUGAUAGAACAGCAAAUGCGAUAUGUACAGCAUGCUUUCAUCCAUCAUCAAGGAUUAUGAUUGCAGCGCUAUCAUUUCUUCUUGAUUAUGAAAAUAUUGUAGAAGAUGAUGAAGAUAGCGAUGGUUCAAGUAGUGAAGAUGAUUUGGCUACUCAACAGCCACAUGUUCUUCUUAAUAGAGAGUCUAUCUAUAAGGCACACCAUAAAGGUACAACUUCAAGUAAAAAGAAAAAGAAAGCAAAAUUGCAGCGUGCCAUUCGUAGCUUGAAAAAGCAGCAACGCGUGUCAUCCGAAAAGAGUAAUCCAAACUACUAUUCACCACUUAACCAUCUGAAAGAUGCACAGGGAUUUGCUGAGAAGCUGUUUUCUCGCCUUCAGACGUGCAAUGAACGGUUCGAGGUUAAGAUGAUGAUGUUGAAAGUAAUUGCUCGAACUGUGGGGCUUCACCGCUUGAUUUUACUGAAUUUCUAUCCCUUCCUUCAGAAAUAUGUUCAGCCCCAUCAACGUGAUGUCACUAGUUUACUUGCUGCAGCUGUUCAGGCCUGCCAUGAUAUGGUGCCACCAGAUGCAGUUGAACCAUUAUUUAAGCAAGUAGUUAAUCAAUUUGUUCAUGAUCGUUCGCGAACAGAGGCCAUCGCUGUUGGACUAAACGUGGUGAGGGAGAUAUGUCUACGAAUGCCUUUGUUGAUGACAGAAGAUUUACUGCAAGAUCUUGUCUUAUAUAAGAAGUCACAUGAGAAGGCAGUUGCAUCAGCUGCUCGUUCACUUGUUACUUUAUUCAGAGAGGUUUGCCCAUCACUUCUCAUCAAAAAGGAUCGUGGCCGUCCUACUGACCCAAAGGCAAAGCCAAAAGCAUUUGGGGAAACAAAUGUUGCCAGCAAUGUUCCUGGCCUUGAAUUGUUAGAACAUGACGGUGAGGAUGAUGACAAUGAUGAUGAAGCUGGUGGUAGUGACGAUGGUGAGGACUCCAAUGAGCAUGGAUUGGGUAGUUCUUCAGAGGAUGAUAAAGAGCUGAGUGCUGUCAAAGAGGAUGUGGGUGGUGGAACUGAUGAAGAUGAUGAUGUGGUCAACGAUGCACUCGACAUAGAAACAGAAGAUGAAAAUGAUGACGUAUCUGAAGAUGAAGAUGGUGGUGAUGAUGACAACAUUAGUAUUAAGAAUGACAGUGAUAUGAGUGACGAGGAGGAUGUUGAUGGUGAUAGUGAUAGUGAUGAUGAUGAUGAGAUGGACGAGGAGGAUGAGCAUGAAGGAUCCAAAGGUUUGCACAAACUUAGUGAUAAUGAGUCUGGGGAAAAAAAAUAUAAAGCGCAAAAGAGGAAGUAUUCUGAUAUGGAUCAACAGUUGAAUGCUGCUGAUACAAGCCUUCGGGCUUUGAAGAGAUUAGCAGCAGGAAAAAAAGAACAUGAACUGGCAGGCACAAUAGAUGAUAUCCUUUCAAAUGAAGACUUCCAGCGCAUCAAAGAAUUAAAGGCAAAGAAGGAAGCGAGGAUUGCUUUGACUCAGCACGGAUUGUUAAAGAAGGGCAUAGAUGCCAAGUCAACAGCUUUUAAGGUUCCGAGUUCCGACCAGCUAAGUGCCAAGAGAGUGGAUCCUUCCAUACUUGAAGCGUUCGUAAAGAAGAAGAUGAGCAAAGAGGAAAAGCUUGCAUUAGUAAGAGCAGGAAGGGAGGAGAGAGGGAAGUACCAGGCUCGAGCAGCUAUCAAACAGAAAAAGACUGGUGGUUCAAGCAAUCGGCAGAAGGAGCACAAGAAGGCUAUGCCUCUUGCUGCAAAGAGAGCUAAGGUUGCAAGAUCGCGAGAAGUGAAAAAGAAAAAACAGCAGCGUGCUGGCAAACAGUUCCGCGGACGAAAAGCAUGGAAAUGAUCUGAAGUACUUCCCUUAAUUAUCUGUUUAGACAUCAUUUCUUUUGAGUUGGUCAUCUGUCUGAGUAUACUGCAGCUUCGAUGAAUCAGUUUCUCACCACAAAAACUCCAGCGUACCGAGCAGUUGUCUACCACCCUAUGAUGCAAGACGAGGUGCAAUUUUUGUUUCGAAGUUUUCAAUUGCAGAUAGCAAUGGAUAAAAGCUCGAAAGCUGCGAUUUUAUGGUUGGUUUUUCACUCCUACCACACCAGAAAGGACUCAAGGGGGCGGUGAGGGAUUCAGUUAACCGUGAUAAAGUGUGGUCUCCAUCCUAUCUGGGGGAUAGGGCAGCGGAACAAUGUUUUUUUUUUGGCUAUGUUUUAUUCUGUUUUCAUACUUCACGUUAGGGUUGAAUGAUGGAAGAGAAUUUCUAGAAAUUUUUGCAGCAGGUGUUUUUCCAUUUCAGCAGUUUCUUGUUUCACAUGUUAGAACCGUCAAAAGAGAGAGAGACUUUUGUUGAUAGAUUGUAAAUGUUGCUCCACAGAAAUGUGAGUUUUUGCUUCCAAGUA